AAACCCCAAAAAACCCACAAGAAAAAAAAAAAAACCUUAAAAACAAUGACACAAUAAAGAGAAAGAGGAUUCGUUUUCUCCAAACGUUAUUAUUUGUAGCAGCGGCUGCAACAACAAUUGGGGUUUCUUUCGUUUCGUUUCGUUUACUUGGACACUGUCGCUCUCUCUCUCUCUCUCUGAGCUUCAACGUUUCGUUGAUGCACCGAUUGUGUACAGAACUUCCGAGGGGCCUAACAGAACAAUUGAGAUAGUUUAACUGAUACCUAGUGAGAUGGCACAGUGGGGUGUUCGUCAUCGAUUGCCAUUCAUGGGUCAGCACGAUGAUGAGGGAUAUGAAAGUCAGCUUCCCGACUUCCCUAAGGAAGAGGAAUCUAAUGAUGAAGAAGGAGAAGAAAAAAUCAUUAAUACUGAGUCGUUAUUUUUGCCAGAAACUAAGAAGAGGAAGCGAAUUAGCCUUAGUCAGCUCAGAGAGGUAAAAGAGGAGCCAUGUGGGAGGCAAAGUAGUCGCAAGCUUAAGACAAAAAAGCCUGACAGUAAGGAUAGAUGGUCAACUGAGAGGUAUAAAUUGGCUGAGCAAAGUAUGUGGGAGGUGUUAAAAGCUGAAGGUGCAACUUUUGAAAAGCCAAUAACCCGACCUGCAUUAAGAAUGGCAGCACGUAAGCACAUUGGCGAUACUGGACUCUUGGACCACUUAUUGAAGCACAUUGAUGGUAAAGUGGCACCUGGAGGUACUGAGCGCUUCCGAAGAUGGUUCAACACCAAAGGAAUCAUGGAGUAUUGGUUGGAAAGUGCUGACUUGGAUGAUGUCCGCCAGCUGGCAGGGGUGCAGGAUCCUUACUGGAUACCACCGCUAGCAAUUAGGGCUGGCAGUGCCCCUUCUCAGAAGACUGAUUCGUCCGAUGAAUUGAAACUACUUAAAAUGGAAAUGGCCCAACUGAAGAAAGAUAUGCAGCAGCUCAUUGCCAAGCAGCAACCGAAAAGUGAAGUUAGUCUCAUGGAGGAGUCUCACAAGGAAUUGGUGAAGUGGAGAUCUGGUAUUGAUCAUCACCUUACUGAAAUCAUGGCAUCUCUGAAGGGUGUGCAGGGCAAGUAUGGUGAAUUUACAAUUUGGAAAACUAAAGUUGAGCAACAGUUUGCCGAAAUAACAAAUAAAUUGAGUGAUCUCAAAGCAUCAAGGGAAUGUGUUCCCCCUAGUUCUCCUUCAGACAGGUGGAAAGAUUGGAUAGAAAAUACUAACCUACCGGAAGAUGAAUUUGCAACUUGGAUUGGAAGUUCUGAGCUGCUUAAUGUUCCACCAGAGAUGGUACUUGAUGACCCCAACACAUCCCUCCCGACGCACUUACUUAGCGAAGGAUUGGUUAACAAGCGGAGUGAUUUGCUGGAGGUGGUGCCUUUCAAACAAGAAGAUCCUCCUAAUGUGACCCCUGACUCGUCUACGACUGUUAAUUCUAAGUCAGACCAUGACAACUCAAUGAUGAUGUUUCAGGAGAUGUACAUGGAUAUAUUCAAAUGGAAAGAACAAAUUGAUAAGCAGAUGAUGGAGUUAUCAAACACUGUAUACGGUAUGCUGGCAAUGAAGUAGACAUCAUUUUCAAAGCCUAGGAUAGGAUUAUAACCACCUCGUCCAUAUGUUUUUUUCCUCCACUGUGAAAAAUGGUAGAGUUUAGAAAUUGUACAGCAUUAACAAUCUGAUCCUGAAAAAUCUUUGCUAAACCUCCAAAGUUAAUAGAAGAGGUUCUAGGUCUCACUCUCACAUGCUUAACGAGCUGCAAAUCAUUGAAAUUUUAUUGGCAUUUUGCAUUAGGGUAAUCAAUCUAGAUAGGGUACUCAUUGGAGCUUCUAUUUUAAUGUUACUGUUUUCUUAUUGACUUGAUUAA